GCGGCGGCGCUUCCCGCGGGCUCGCCCUCAGGUGUUCGCGGCUGCCGUCGCCGAAGAACGCGGGUCGGGGCCUCUGGGCGAUCGCCCUGGGCGGGCCGGAGACGCCUCGGCCCCCUGGCGGCUCGGGGUCCACCCAGCGCCGCGGGCCCGCCGCUCUCCCUCGCCUCGCCUUUGCGCCUCUUCUCGCUCUGCCUCUCCAUUUAUUAUUAUUUUUUUCAAAUGGUGUAGCCGCCAGAGGUGCGGUGCUAAAUUCUUGGAAGGGGCCCGGAUGUACUGAGGAUGCAUUACAAUCUCACGAAAGGAGGCGGUAGUGGAAAGCAGCAGUUUUUGGUGUUUGGUGCAAUAAUGGGGAUCAGGUAAUCACCCGAAGGGAGCAAGAAACACUGCGGAUCCACGGCUUCCUCGGUUUGCGCGAAAGCCGCCGGCCUCGGAGGAGGGAUUCAUCCAGACCCGCUCGCGGCUGUUGCUGCAUUUCUUCCUCUUUGUGGCUUCUCCCUUCCAAGCAGUUUUUGGCCAAUGGUCAAUGAAAACACGAGGAUGUACGUUCCAGAGGAAAACCACCAAGGUUCCAACUAUGGGAGCCCACGCCCAGCUCAUGCCAACAUGAAUGCCAAUGCAGCGGCAGGGCUCGCCCCCGAGCACAUCCCUACUCCAGGGGCAGCGCUGUCCUGGCAGGCAGCCAUUGAUGCCGCCCGGCAGGCCAAGCUCAUGGGCAGUGCUGGCAACGCAACCAUCUCUACCGUCAGUUCCACACAGCGGAAGCGGCAGCAGUAUGGGAAACCCAAGAAGCAGGGUGGUACGACUGCCACACGGCCACCUCGUGCUCUGCUCUGCCUGACUCUGAAGAACCCCAUCCGGAGGGCAUGCAUAAGCAUCGUUGAAUGGAAACCAUUUGAAAUAAUUAUUUUACUGACUAUUUUUGCCAAUUGUGUGGCCUUAGCGAUCUAUAUUCCCUUUCCAGAAGAUGACUCCAACGCCACCAACUCCAACCUGGAACGAGUGGAAUAUCUCUUUCUCAUAAUUUUUACCGUGGAAGCAUUUUUAAAAGUCAUUGCCUAUGGACUUCUCUUUCACCCCAACGCUUACCUCCGCAAUGGUUGGAAUUUACUAGAUUUUAUAAUUGUGGUUGUAGGGCUUUUUAGUGCAAUUUUAGAACAAGCAACCAAAGCUGACGGGGCCAAUGCUCUCGGAGGGAAAGGAGCUGGAUUCGAUGUGAAGGCGCUGAGGGCUUUCCGCGUGCUUCGUCCCCUGCGGCUGGUGUCUGGAGUCCCAAGUCUCCAGGUGGUCCUGAACUCCAUCAUCAAGGCCAUGGUGCCUCUGCUGCACAUCGCCCUGCUCGUGCUGUUCGUCAUCAUCAUCUAUGCCAUUAUCGGCCUGGAGCUCUUCAUGGGGAAGAUGCACAAGACUUGCUACAACCCGGAGGGCAUCAUAGCAGAAGAGGACCCUUCCCCUUGUGCUUUGGAGACAGGCCAUGGGCGGCAGUGUCAGAACGGGACCGUGUGCAAGCCCGGGUGGGACGGGCCCAAGCAUGGCAUCACCAACUUCGACAACUUCGCCUUCGCCAUGCUGACGGUGUUCCAGUGCAUCACCAUGGAGGGCUGGACAGACGUGCUGUAUUGGAUGCAGGACGCUAUGGGCUAUGAGUUGCCCUGGGUGUAUUUUGUCAGUCUGGUCAUCUUUGGAUCCUUUUUCGUUCUAAAUCUGGUUCUCGGUGUUUUGAGCGGAGAGUUUUCCAAAGAGAGGGAGAAAGCCAAAGCUCGGGGGGAUUUCCAGAAGCUUCGAGAGAAGCAGCAGCUAGAAGAAGAUCUCAAAGGCUACUUGGAUUGGAUCACCCAAGCAGAAGACAUUGACCCUGAGAAUGAGGAUGAGGGGAUGGACGAAGACAAGCCCCGAAACAUGAGCAUGCCCACAAGUGAGACUGAGUCUGUCAACACUGAAAAUGUGGCUGGAGGUGACAUCGAGGGCGAAAACUGUGGAGCCAGGCUUGCCCACCGGAUCUCCAAGUCCAAGUUCAGCCGCUACUGGCGCAGGUGGAAUAGAUUCUGCAGAAGGAAGUGCCGCGCGGCCGUCAAGUCCAACGUCUUCUACUGGCUCGUGAUCUUCCUGGUAUUCCUCAACACACUCACCAUUGCCUCCGAACAUCACAACCAGCCCCACUGGCUCACAGAAGUACAAGACACAGCCAAUAAGGCCCUCCUGGCGCUUUUCACUGCAGAAAUGCUCCUGAAGAUGUACAGCCUAGGCCUGCAGGCCUAUUUUGUAUCCCUCUUCAACCGCUUUGACUGCUUCAUCGUGUGUGGGGGCAUCCUGGAGACCAUCCUGGUGGAGACCAAGAUCAUGUCUCCCCUGGGCAUCUCUGUGCUGAGAUGUGUCCGGCUGCUCAGGAUCUUUAAGAUCACCAGGUACUGGAAUUCCUUGAGCAACCUCGUGGCGUCCUUGCUGAACUCAGUGCGCUCCAUCGCCUCCCUGCUGCUGCUCCUCUUCCUCUUCAUCAUCAUCUUCUCCCUCCUGGGGAUGCAGCUGUUUGGAGGGAAGUUCAACUUUGAUGAGAUGCAGACCCGUAGGAGCACAUUUGACAACUUCCCACAGUCACUUCUCACUGUGUUUCAGAUCCUGACCGGGGAGGACUGGAAUUCGGUGAUGUAUGAUGGGAUCAUGGCUUAUGGCGGCCCCUCUUUUCCAGGGAUGUUAGUCUGUAUUUACUUCAUCAUCCUCUUCAUCUGUGGAAAUUAUAUCCUACUGAAUGUGUUCUUGGCCAUUGCGGUGGACAACCUGGCUGAUGCUGAGAGCCUCACCUCUGCCCAAAAGGAGGAAGAAGAAGAGAAGGAGAGAAAGAAGCUGGCCAGGACUGCCAGCCCCGAAAAGAAACAGGAGGUGAUGGAGAAGCCAGCGGUGGAGGAGACCAAAGAGGAGCGAAUUGAGCUGAAGUCCAUUACUGCAGAUGGAGAGUCCCCACCCACUACCAAGAUCAACAUGGAUGACCUCCAGCCCAGUGAAAAUGAGGAUAAGAGUCCCCACUCCAACCCUGACACCGCAGGCGAAGAGGAUGAGGAGGAGCCUGAGAUGCCUGUGGGGCCACGCCCCCGGCCCCUGUCUGAACUGCACCUUAAGGAAAAGGCAGUGCCCAUGCCAGAAGCCAGUGCGUUUUUCAUCUUCAGCCCAAACAACAGGUUCCGCCUCCAGUGCCACCGCAUCGUCAAUGACACCAUCUUCACCAACCUGAUCCUCUUCUUCAUUCUGCUCAGCAGCAUCUCGCUGGCUGCUGAGGACCCCGUCCAGCACACCUCCUUCAGGAACCAUAUCCUAGGCAAUGCAGACUAUGUCUUCACUAGUAUCUUUACAUUAGAAAUUAUCCUUAAGAUGACUGCUUAUGGGGCUUUCCUGCACAAGGGCUCGUUCUGCCGAAACUACUUCAAUAUCUUGGACCUGCUGGUGGUUAGCGUGUCCCUCAUCUCCUUUGGCAUCCAGUCCAGCGCAAUCAACGUUGUGAAGAUUUUACGAGUGCUGCGGGUCCUCAGGCCCCUGAGGGCCAUCAACAGGGCCAAGGGGCUAAAGCAUGUGGUUCAGUGCGUGUUUGUGGCCAUCCGGACCAUUGGGAACAUUGUAAUUGUCACCACUCUGCUGCAGUUCAUGUUCGCCUGCAUUGGGGUCCAGCUCUUCAAGGGAAAGCUCUAUACCUGCUCAGAUAGUUCCAAACAGACGGAGGCAGAAUGCAAGGGUAACUAUAUCACAUACAAAGAUGGAGAGGUUGACCACCCCAUUAUCCAGCCUCGAAGCUGGGAGAACAGCAAGUUUGACUUUGACAAUGUUCUGGCAGCCAUGAUGGCCCUCUUCACUGUCUCCACCUUUGAAGGAUGGCCAGAGCUGCUGUACCGCUCCAUCGACUCCCACACAGAAGACAAGGGCCCCAUCUACAACUACCGUGUGGAGAUCUCCAUCUUCUUCAUCAUCUACAUCAUCAUCAUUGCCUUCUUCAUGAUGAACAUCUUCGUGGGUUUCGUCAUUGUCACCUUCCAGGAGCAGGGGGAGCAAGAGUACAAGAACUGUGAGCUGGACAAGAACCAGAGACAAUGUGUGGAAUAUGCCCUCAAGGCCCGGCCCUUGCGAAGGUACAUCCCCAAGAACCAGCACCAGUAUAAAGUGUGGUACGUGGUCAACUCUACCUACUUCGAGUAUCUGAUGUUCGUCCUUAUCCUGCUCAACACCAUCUGCCUGGCCAUGCAGCAUUAUGGCCAGAGCUGCCUCUUCAAAAUUGCCAUGAAUAUACUCAACAUGCUUUUCACUGGCCUCUUCACAGUGGAGAUGAUCCUGAAGCUCAUUGCCUUCAAACCCAAGCACUAUUUCUGUGAUGCAUGGAAUACAUUUGAUGCCUUGAUUGUUGUGGGUAGCAUUGUUGAUAUAGCAAUCACCGAGGUACACCCAGCUGAACAUACCCAAUGCUCUCCCUCUAUGAGCGCAGAGGAGAACUCCCGAAUCUCCAUCACCUUCUUCCGCCUCUUCCGGGUCAUGCGCCUGGUGAAGCUGCUGAGCCGUGGGGAAGGCAUCCGGACCCUGCUGUGGACCUUCAUCAAGUCCUUUCAGGCCCUGCCCUAUGUGGCCCUUCUGAUCGUGAUGCUGUUCUUUAUUUAUGCAGUGAUUGGGAUGCAGGUGUUUGGGAAGAUCGCCCUGAACGACACCACAGAGAUCAAUCGGAACAACAACUUCCAGACGUUCCCCCAGGCUGUGCUACUGCUCUUCAGGUGUGCCACCGGGGAAGCCUGGCAGGAUAUCAUGCUGGCCUGUAUGCCCGGCAAGAAGUGUGCCCCAGAGUCUGAGCCCAGCAACAGCACGGAGGGAGAGACGCCCUGUGGCAGCAGCUUUGCUGUCUUCUACUUCAUCAGCUUCUACAUGCUCUGUGCCUUCCUGAUCAUCAACCUCUUCGUAGCCGUUAUCAUGGACAACUUUGACUACCUGACGAGGGAUUGGUCUAUCCUUGGUCCCCAUCAUCUGGAUGAAUUCAAAAGGAUCUGGGCCGAGUAUGACCCUGAAGCCAAGGGUCGGAUCAAACACUUGGAUGUGGUGACCCUCCUCCGUCGAAUUCAGCCCCCCUUGGGUUUUGGGAAGUUGUGUCCUCACCGUGUGGCCUGCAAGCGCCUGGUGUCCAUGAACAUGCCUCUGAACAGCGAUGGGACGGUCAUGUUCAAUGCUACCCUGUUUGCCCUAGUCAGAACAGCCCUGAGGAUCAAAACAGAAGGGAACCUAGAACAAGCCAAUGAGGAGCUGCGGGCCAUCAUCAAGAAAAUCUGGAAGAGGACCAGCAUGAAGCUGUUGGACCAAGUGGUGCCCCCUGCAGGUGAUGACGAGGUCACAGUAGGCAAGUUCUAUGCCACCUUCCUGAUCCAAGAGUACUUCCGAAAAUUCAAGAAGCGGAAAGAGCAGGGGCUGGUGGGCAAGCCUUCGCAGAGGAACGCACUGUCCCUGCAGGCUGGCUUACGCACGUUGCAUGACAUUGGGCCUGAGAUCCGACGAGCCAUCUCUGGGGAUCUUACCGCUGAGGAAGAGUUAGACAAGGCUAUGAAGGAGGCUGUAUCUGCUGCCUCUGAAGACGACAUCUUCAGGAGGGCUGGAGGCCUGUUUGGCAACCAUGUCAGCUACUAUCCAAGUGACAGCAGGAGCAACUUUCCUCAGACCUUCACCACCCAGCGCCCCCUGCACAUCAACAAGACGGGAAACAACCAAGGUGACACGGAGUCACCGUCCCACGAGAAGCUGGUGGACUCCACUUUCACCCCCAGCAGCUACUCCUCCACGGGCUCCAACGCCAACAUCAACAAUGCCAACAACACUGCCCUGGGCCGCUUCCCCCAUCCCACUGGCUACUCCAGCACAGUCAGCACUGUGGAGGGUCACGGGCCCCCCUUGUCCCCUGCUGUCCGGGUACAGGAGGCAGCAUGGAAGCUCAGCUCUAAGAGGUGCCACUCCCGAGAGAGCCGGGGAGCCUCGGUGAGUCAAGAGAUGUUUCCAGAUGAGACCUGCAGUGUGAGGAUGGGCGAAGACACUGAGUACUGCAGUGAGCCCAGCCUGCUCUCCACAGAGAUACUCUCCUACCAGGAUGAUGAAAACCGACAGUUGACAUCUCCAGAGGAGAAGAGGGAGAUCCAGCAGUCUCCAAAGAGGGGUUUCCUUCGCUCUGCCUCGCUAGGUCGAAGGGCCUCCUUCCACCUGGAAUGUCUGAAGAGACAGAAGGAUCAAGGGGGAGACAUCUCUCAGAAGACAGCCGUGCCCUGGCAUCUGGUUCAUCACCAGGCCUUGGCAGUGGCAGGUUUGAGCCCCCUCCUGCAGAGAAGCCAUUCUCCUACCACGUUCCCCAAGCCAUGCCCCACACCCCCUGUCACCCCAGGCAGCCGGGGCAGGCCCCCACAGCCCAUCCCCACCCUACGGCUGGAGGGGGCUGAGUCCAGCGAGAAGCUCAACAGCAGCUUCCCGUCCAUCCACUGCAGCUCCUGGUCUGAGGAGACCACUGCCUGUGGUGGCGGCGGCGGCAGCAUGGCCCGGAGAGCCCGGCCUGUCUCCCUCACGGUGCCCAGCCAGGCUGGAGCUCCAGGGAGACAGUUCCAUGGCAGCGCCAGCAGCCUGGUGGAAGCGGUCUUAAUUUCAGAAGGACUGGGACAGUUUGCUCAAGAUCCCAAGUUCAUCGAGGUCACCACCCAGGAGCUGGCUGACGCCUGUGACAUGACAAUAGAGGAGAUGGAGAAUGCCGCAGACAACAUCCUCAGUGGGGGCGCCCAGCAGAGCCCCAACGGCACCCUCUUACCUUUUGUGAACUGCAGGGACCCGGGGCCGGACAGGGCUGUGGUCCCAGAGGACGAGAGCUGCGCAUAUGCCCUGGGGCGAGGCCGGAGCGAGGAGGCGCUCCCGGACAGCAGGGCCUACGUCAGCAACCUGUAGUCCACAGGGCUGGCGAGACGCGGGUGUUUUUUAUUCGUUUCAAUGUUCCUAAUGGGUUCGUUUCAGAAGUGCCUCACUGUUCUCGUGACCUGGAGGUAACCGGAACAGCGUCUUCAUUCACUGCUGUCGGGACAAGCCUCAGAGCUGGGCGGUCUGCGGAGUCGGCUUUUCAGGGGAGAAGGCCAAGGCCGUGGUGCAGGGCUCCAGCGCCUUCCCGGGGCAGCACCGCCCAAAGGACCCCACCCCACCCCUAAGCAAAAGGGUGUUUUCCCCUUGCUUGUAUAAACAGUCAUUUGCACAUGUUCUGUCUGAACCUGGCCGUCUCUAUGGAGUAGGGACCCAGGGAUCUAUUGCAGGAGUAGGCCAGCGCCCCGGGUAGGGGCCCGGGAAAGGGCUGCAAGGUUCCCAGCAGUUUGGGCCGGGUCCCUUCUGGGACUCUUCCUCUGCAGGAGCCGAGGUGCAGGUGGAGGGAGCCAGUGCAGACCACACCACCUGCCCUCAGCUAGCCAGGCCAGGGGGCGCAGGCUGCUGCCUAGUAAUCUUGGUUUCAUGGUUUGAUGGUUCUUGUUAGCAUGUUUCGGUUUUCUGGGUUUUAGUUUCUUUAUUAUUUUUUAUUUGUUGUGCUUUCCCACAGGGAAGGGAGGAAGAAGAGCAUCUACAGUUGCGCAGCCUCAGUCACUGUUUCCACAUUUGGGUUAUUUAAGUCAGAUUUGGUUUUAUUAUAUUCUUUAAAUGGUGCGGUUUUCUCCCCCACCCCUCUUUUUCCACCCAUGAAGCGAGGGCUCAAUAUCACCACAGGACGGUUUACCUGCUCUGUGUAUGCCCAGUAACUUGUUACAAUUUCCUUAAGUAACACCACCUUUUUCCCCCUUUCUUUCUGGUUCGGUUGAGCGUCACAAUCUGCAGGUAACGGGCUGUUAGAUAAGGUGUUGCGCGCCUGGGCGGUUGAGCUGGGCUCCUUUCUUAGCUGGGCAUAUGGAUAGGUUCAAGAGAGAGGAUGUAUGAGCAUUUGUGUGUCACACGUGUGUCCAUAGUGGGUCGUCUGUGCGUGUGUGCACCCACAUGGUGCGUGCGCACCUCCUCCACCCCACCCCCACCCCCGCACAAAAGUCCGUAGAUCCCGGUUCCGGUUUGACUGCAGGGAGUUCUGAAUCUGGGGCGAUUCGAAAGCAAAAACAAAUCACUGUCUCCGCUUCUGCUUCUGAAACGAGAAUCGGUAACGGCAUUUCCUGUCCCACGAGAUAUGCAAAAGCAAUGCAAUAAUAUCCAUUUUAAAAUACGAUUGUGAGUUGUGUCAGCAUUAAAAUUCUAUUUUAAAAAAACACAAAAUUUAAGGGAAAAAACUCAAGAAGACAUUUUGCUUCGAUAUAUUCUGUGUAACGUUUUAUUGCAUUGAUAAUGUUUCUGUUGAAGAAACUGUUAUACUUGAAUUCAGGUCAGUUUCAGUAUUUUUCAAAUAUUUUUUUAAAACUGAAUUGCAAUUGUGCCAAGCAAAUAUAAUGACUUAAGUUUGUUUUAAAAUUCACUUCUUGUAUAUUUUGCUGCAUGUAAAGUAAAUCAUUUUGUAUUUGGAGUGUGACAAGCUUUACCUUUGAACUCUUAAGUGCUUUUUCUACAUGUGGUUGGGGAGGAGAUGGUUUUUUUUUCAUUUGCAAAGUCAACAAAGGUAUCCCCGGUGUCAGUCCUCUGCUCUCUGCGGGCAGGUCUGGGAGGUACCAUUUUGCAUAUCUUGUAUUUUGUUUCCAUUUCCCUUGAUCUUUCCAAAACCGGGUGGUAAGACAGUCCAUGCCACAUCUUGCUUUGCAAGAUCAGGACAUGUUUCAUCCAGGUCUUCACUUGCUGCCUUCUGCCAUUCUCUGUGGAUACUUACUUGUCCAAGAUGCUCCCGUGGAGAGGUGGCUGGCUUUCCCAAGCACUCGGACUGAAAGGAUGGGGUGACAGUCAGCCUGGGGCGGUGGUAGGCCAGAUUCAUCUUUGACACAUGACUUACCCAAACGCAGAUUGCCGUAGCCGUGGCUAGAGAAAGGUAAUGGGAUGGAACUGUGGCCCUUCUAGAAACCACUCAUCCUCUCCUUCCAAAGCAGGAAGGCAGAGAAGCAGGGGAUCUUGACGAGGGCGGGCAUCAGGAUUCAACAGGGAUGAAAGGAACAGAUUGUGUGGGCCUUCCAUUUCGGCUCGUCUGUGUCUGCCUUCAGCAACUCUUACAGUUAGUACCAGGUCUUUCGAUUGUAUUGUAACAAGAAUGGUUGGAAAAGAAGGGCUCUGGGGAAAAUAAGGCUCAACCAUUCACCCAGAACUUACCUAUGGACAGAAUAUCUUCUGGUCCCAGUGUCCUUCCAGCCUAUUUUGGAGAUUAUGUGAGAAUCUGCUAGAAAUUCCAGCAAGGAUCUUUCGUGAAAAGGCAGAGAGAGGUGCCCAGUGUCCACAGAUUAACCAGAGUCUAAAAACAGCGCUCCUCCUUGGACUUCCAUGUGCCGAUAACCCAGCAUCCUUUGCAGUACCCAUAAGGGCUUCUAGAUGUGAGGAUUGGGUGGCAUCCUUUGUCUUGUUUCUGCAAAGUUCUGCAACUGUGUUGAUGUGACUACGGUGACUACAGAGAGGGAGCCCUUCUGACUGGCUGUCUGGUUCUCACAUACAUCUGACCCCUAGGGAAAUGUGGUGUUUUCAUUGAUCCUACACACAGACAUGCAUACUCAGUGUCCCUGCGCUGCCUUGUUUUCCUUUGGAAGCUUUGAUCUACAUUGCCAGAUUCUACUGACCAAUGACAUAAGCUACAGGCCAAGCUCCUGCAGCUCCUGCCAGCACUCUGCCCAGUGUGGUUCCCCAAACCCCCCUUCACCAGUCAUACCCACAGACUGCCUUCUCCCUUAUGGCCAAGAAGACCAGAACAGCCUUUCACUCAUACGCUGCACCCUGCAAGAAUAGCAUCAUCAGGGACAAUGGGCCCCUUGCCCUUUGUUGCUAAGAGGAACAGAGGUUCAGUGGCCAAUGGGGUUUUCAUGCUUGGCUUCAUGACCACCUGAGUAAGAUUGACACACGCUACCUGUCUCCAGGACAGAGGGGAUCAGUGAGUAGGAAAGCCAGUGAACAUCUACACCAGACUGUCUACUCUCCACCCAACAUGGAAUUUUCCCAAGGACUGUUUUGAACAUAACUACCAGACCUUCUGCAAUCCUGACAGUCCCUGAAUGGCAGGGAAAUUAGCCCGCAGCUGGGGGCCAAAGGGCCAUGAAGGAGUGUAGGCCAUGUGUUUUCAUCUGUCCUAUGACUAGCUCUGUCUCUUUUAUUUCUGAUCUUUUCAUGUGUGAGACCAUAUUAUACAGACAAAGUCCAGUUAGUUCCUUUCUGCCUGGUCCUAGAAGACUCUUCAUAUCUUCAGGUUAAAAGAGAGAGACUUUCCUAGACCUUGUUUGAUUUGUAAAUGUCUUCCCUGUUAGUUGUGGUUCCUAUCUUUCUUAACCUGACUAGGAAUCCAAGGCCCAACUCUGUCAUUUACCUUCCUCUGGUACCCUGGUUCCAAAUUCUGGGUACUAUGAAAAGAAGGUCUGUGUUCCUUUCUCAUAGCUCUCAACCAUCUGGAGCUCCAGACACCCUAACUGAACACAGUAGGCCGCCCUUCCUUUGCCAAAACCAGCACAUUUCUGCAAACAAUCUGGAAGUCAGUAGAAGCAAAGUGGCUGUUGUACUGAGGCCAGGAGAACACUCCACUGCUCCUAAGGGCAGGCCAAGAGAGCAAGGAUCCAGACCAAGCAUGGAGUCAAAUCUGGUACUCAGGGUUUUUAGCCUUCUCGUAGCACAUUUCAAAUGUCGCCAAGGGGAUGGAUGGCCCCUCCAUCCUGGGAUUUUGAGUAACUGAAAUGUCCUCAUUCAGGAGCUAGAAACAAUUGAACAAGGACCUGAGGAAGGAUUGUCUGGCUUUCAGAAGAGCUACUCAAAGCCCAGGAAAGCCAAACAUGCUGUAAGUGUCCUGGCUGAUUCUGUUCCUCAACAAAGCCUUGGCUCUAAAUCAAGAGUCAACACAGAGAGAACUAGAGGGAUGUGGAGGUGAGGAAAGGGCACAUCCUGACCCCAUCUCAUCGUGUGGAAAGCAGCUUCUGUCUUGUCCAGCCUUGGUAAAGGCUGGUGGCUCCGUAAUCUGCUUUGGAAGUUGUGAAACAUACCUACCCUGGGUGUUUUUCCAGCUAAAUCAACCUAGCUAGAGCGAUAUGGUUCUUACCUGACCCUGUGAGGUCCCUUCACUGCAUCUGGCCAAAGAAUUUGCCAAUGGGAAAGUUGUUGGGGGAGGUUGGGUCUCACUCACCAAAGUCCAUGUUCUAGAGCAGCUGCUGUGGGGAGAGGCAUCCUGGGAGGAUGUGAGGGGGAAAAGCACCUACCUACAAUGUCAGUAACAGGGACCUUCCCCUCCUGUAGCAUUUCACUCCUCCUCCUCUUCCUCCUCCUCCCCUCCUUCUCCUCUGCAAGCCCAGUGAAGGGAAUAGAGAGGUGAAAGGAACCAUUUGCAGAUUCUUACAGUGUCUUCACCUUGCAGGGAAGCAGUUGAAUACCACACACACACAUACACACACACACACACACACACACACACACACACACACAUACACACACACACACCCUAAGGCACAAGUGCUGAGGUGAUGGCUACUUUGUGAUUUUUUUUUCCACAGAAAAGGAGGACUGUGGUAGGCAUGUUCAACCUGUUCAAUCUGUGGCUAUGUGUCGCAGAACAGCUAUGACCGUGGCCCAGUACAUUUCUAGAUGAUGUCCUAUUAUAAGGGAAAAACACUGGACAUCUUAAAGAGGAAUACAUGGAAGAAACUAGAACAAUUUCCAACGGUGAAAAUGGUGACACUUCUAUUCAUCUACAGUGAGGAACUGCUACCAUUCUUAAACUUGCCCUUUUCCUCCAACCAUCUUAAGAGGUUUGAUCCAUAUAGUAUAUGAUAAAGACCUGGCCCUUCCUGGUAUGUGAGGAAGACUUGCUAACCUAUCUCUGAAAGGGAGUUGAAGAAUGUAGCUAGAUAUAUCAAGCAUUGCAAAUCAAUUCAGUACUGAGAGUAAAGUCUGAAUUAAGAUUUUUCUGUUACAUUUCUCUUAGGUCUCUGCUAACAAUAAGGAAGGCAAGGCCAGGAAAAUGCAAUGAAAAUGUGAAAUGUCACAUCACGAGAGCCGAACUAUCUCAGAUGUUCAUUGCUUUAGAGUUGUAGCCCUUCAUCCCCAUGGGGAAUUCUGUGAACCCCAGUUUCCCAGAAUCUAAGUGAUUUGAUGUAUAAAAGUUACAGAACGGGUGACAUGCCACUUACUCCAGCAUGAAUGAGUCAAUUAAUGCAAAUUUGCCACCUAAAACUUCGCUCAUGGACCACUCAGCAGGGUCAUUACAGAGACAAUUUGGGGAGGCAGAGGAUAUAGGAAAUCAGAGGGUUAUUUCUUUUUUCUUUUCCUUUUUUGGGGGAGCAAUAUGAAGGCACUGGGGAUUGAGCCAAGGGCCUUCCUUGUACAUGCUGGGCAAACACUUCAGCUUUUAUUUUGAGACAGUCUCUGCCUCCUAAGACUUCCCAGCGUGGAGAACUACACCAAAGUUAAAAGCAGGGAAGAACCUUUGGGAAUUGAGGACAGGUGAUGUGUAAGCAAGCAAUCCCUGCAGAGGGCCCCUUAGAAGGCAUCACAGUGACCCAUAAGCUAUGGGCACCUUUCUGUUCGCCACACAACAUACAUCCACAUCUGCAUCCCAUCCCCCAGACUUGAAAUGCACCUCCCAGCCUUCCUACCUGACCAUGCACCCAUCUGUCUGCCCUGCUCGGACAUGUGCUAUUUGCUCACUGCCCUGAGCAAAGCCUGGAUGGCAGGGAAACAGCUGGGUUUACACACAUCUGUGAUGAGAGCAGUUAAGAACAACCUGUGGGAAUAGAAGUCAUUGAGAAAUAGGGUGGCAGAUCCCCAGGAGUGAAUGCUGCAAUGUCUGCCUCUCUCAUAAUACUGCAAAUCUACUUUAAUCUGCCAGUGUUGCUAAGGAAAACUUCCCUCCAUGUAAAGGGUCCACAUAAAGCCGCUCCUACUCCCAACUCUCCAUGUGUCUACUCAGUCCACUUUUAUGUCCACGAGAAAGCCUGUGUCAUGUGCCAUGCCUGUUCCCAGAGAGGCAUGGAAAGAUGAACAGGCUCCUGUGUCACUCAUAUACACCUGCAUAUCCGACACCUGCCCCUCCAGGCUCCACGACACCACAGUCUGACUGUUGUAAAUAUUGUUGUACAGUUUGUAAUCAUCAAAUAAUACUGCUGUCAAUGGCCCUGCCUGCUGCGCCUUCUCCCCCUUGAGUAAGGCCAGGGAAUCUAGAAGGGAAAACCUUCAAGGAGAGCUUCAGGGUCCAUCUCUGUGUGAGACGCUACUGUAUAUUCCUGUAAGAUUGCAUUUUUAUCUAAGGAAUGAUGUUAUUUAAAAAACAAACAAAAACGCAAAAAAGAAUUGCAAAUAAAUUUCUUAACAAUGUC